AUCGCAGCCAGCCCCGGCGUUCCCGGGUCGGCUUGGGGCUGCAGGCUGCAAGACGGCGAACGCGGUGGGCAGAGGCUCCGGAGUCAUGGCCUGACCCCGCCCCUCCCCCACCACGCCGCCCCCUACCCCGAGCCGGGGCCCCCCCCACCGGGGCUAGCGUAAGCGCGGCGGCUCCGAGGGGGCGGCCGCUGGGAAUGGCUGCGCCCCCUUCGGCUCCCUUGUCGCGCUCGCCCUGUUACCUGAGGAGGCCCGCGCCCGGCCCGCAGUGCUCAUGGGGCAUGGAGGAGAGAGCGGCGGCAGGCACGCGCUGCCGGGAGUCGCCGGGCCCCCUGCGGGCCGCCGCCGUCCCGUACUUUGGAAUCUCUGUGCACCAGGACGAUAUUCUGCCUGGAGCCCUGCGCCUCAUUCAGGAGCUGCGACCGCAUUGGAAGCCCGAGCAAGUUCGGACCAAGCGCUUCACUGAUGGCAUCACCAACAAGCUGGUGGCUUGCUAUGUGGAGGAGGACAUGCGGGACUGUGUGCUGGUUCGGGUGUAUGGAGAGCGGACGGAGUUGCUGGUGGACCGGGAGAACGAGGUCAGAAACUUCCAGCUACUGCGAGCACACGGCUGUGCCCCCAAACUCUACUGUACCUUCCAGAAUGGGCUGUGCUAUGAGUACAUGCCGGGCGUGGCCCUGGGGCCUGAGCACAUCCGUGAGCCCCGGCUUUUCAGGCUAAUCGCCUUGGAAAUGGCAAAGAUUCACACCAUCCACACCAAUGGCAGCCUGCCCAAGCCCAUCCUCUGGCACAAGAUGCACAAUUAUUUCACCCUCGUGAAGAACGAGAUCAACCCCAGCUGCGAGAGCAUAAGGGAGACAGACCAGGACGUAGCCUCUGCCUCCUCAAGAGAGCGCCAGCGCUCCAGCCCCUCCCAGGGCUGCCCCGCUGCCCUUGUCCUCUUCGCCAGAGAUAACCUCUCCACAGAUGUCCCUAAGAUAGAGGUGUUGGAGCACGAGCUGGCCUGGCUGAAGGAGCACCUGUCCCAGUUGGACUCCCCCGUGGUGUUCUGUCACAAUGACCUGCUCUGCAAGAACAUCAUCUACGACAGCACCAAAGGUCACGUACGGUUCAUCGACUAUGAAUAUGCUGGCUACAACUACCAAGCUUUUGACAUUGGCAAUCAUUUCAAUGAGUUUGCAGGCGUCUCACUUCUUCUGGGCACUCUGGGCCCUCAUCCAGAACCAGUUCUCCACCAUCAACUUCGAUUUCCUCAGGUACGCAGUGAUCCGAUUCAACCAGUACUUCACGGUGAAGCCUCAAGUGUCUGCCUUGGAGAUGCCAAAGUGACCAGCUGCCCCUCCCUCCCCCUGCCAUCUCUGCCUGGAAGGCUGGUUCUCUGGGGCUUGGUUCUGCUCUGGGGUCCGUACCCUUGGACAAGGUGGGAGAGGGGACAGGUGGGUAUCCUGGGAGAAGACUCCACCAGCCCCCACUGGGUGCUGCUGUGACCACGUUCUCUCGUUUGGAAGGACUGACGGACCUCGCUCCGAGGCCCCUUUGCCUGGCCUGACUUGGGGGGAAGUGCCUGCAGCCAGCUGGAGCUCCCACCACAACCACCCCGGGAAGCCCAGGGUUCCCAGCCCCAGGCCAGUCUGGGACCCCAGCUGCCUGGAGGUGUCUUUGACCUUCCUGGCUUGGGGAGGGGGAAAGGUGGGAGGGCUCCUUUCUACCUCCAGUGCCCUGAGCCUCCAGCCCGUCUCCCCACAGGCCCCACAGGGGAGGUGUUGAGCCCAAACCGGCACCAUGCCAACUCUGACGGAUGUAAACACCUUGGGGUGGGGGGCUUGACAGUUCCCUAGCAGCUGCCUCAUCUGAGGUCCUUGUUUCCAAGCCCGAUCGGUCAAAUAGCCCCUUCCCAAACCUCAGUCCAAGGACUGCGGCUUCGUGCUCUGCCUUGGGCAGAGGGGACAGCAGCCAGCAGCCUUGUUCCUCCCCUGGCCUUGCAGGCCCUCACUUCCAAGGAUCUGUCUCCCCAUGUCCACCCACCUGGGCUAGACUAGCGGGAUUCCAGGGCUCGCCUGGCACUCGAGAGUUGCAAAGGUGCUGACUGAGGUCAUCGUCCCUGACUCUCAAUGGCCUCCACCUCCUCUCUGCCCUUACAGCCCCUGGGGCCCUCAGCUUGGGCCUAUGAAGUGAUUCAUUUGUAAAUUAUCUUGAUUUUCUGCAUUAAAAGGACCAUUUUGGGACCCAGA